UACAACCACUUGCAUUGGAUCCAUAUCUGUAAACUCAAUCCUCACAAUAUAUAUAAAUAAAUCACAGAAGAGAAAGCCCAGAUAUCUACUAACUAAUUAAUCGAGAAUUAAGAUGGAAAAAGGGUCGACGAUAAACGUGAACCCCAGUGAGGAAAAGCAGCCGUCCGCCCUGGAGGUGCAGCGAGCUGCUCCGGCACCUCAGGCACCGGGGUGGAAGAUCAUCAUGGUGGCGGCGAUCGCCGCCGGGAUCCAAUUCGGGUGGGCGCUGCAGCUCUCCCUCCUCACCCCCUACGUCCAGCUCCUGGGGAUCCCGCACAAGUUCGCUUCCUUCAUCUGGCUCUGUGGCCCCAUCUCCGGCAUGAUCGUCCAGCCGCUUGUCGGCUACUACAGCGACAACUGCAACUCCUCAUCGGCUUCGGCCGACGGCGCCCGUUCAUCGCCGCCGGCGCCGCUCUCGUCACUGCUGCCGUGCUCCACAUCGGCUUCGCGGCUGACAUCGGCCAUGCCUCAGGUGACCCUCUCGGCAAAGGCGCUAAGCCCCGUGCCAUUGGUGUCUUUGUUGCCGGUUUCUGGAUUCUCGACGUAGCAAAUAACAUGCUGCAGGGACCGUGUAGAGCGUUGUUGGCUGAUCUCUCCGGCGGGAGGGCGAGGAGAAUGAGGACGGCGAACGCCUUGUUUUCCUUCUUCAUGGCGGUCGGAAAUGUUCUGGGCUACGCCGCCGGCUCAUACUCCCGGCUCUACAAGAUAUUUCCGUUCACUAAGACCGAAGCUUGCGACGUCUACUGUGCAAACCUCAAGAGCUGCUUCUUUAUCUCCGUGACUCUCUUACUUUCGAUAACAACGGCGUCCUUAGCAACCGUCACGGAGAAGGAGCUGCCGGAGAAAGAGGGUGACGGCGACGACAACGACGGCACAGGGAGGGUGGAGAAAGAGGCGAAGGCGAGGCCAUUCUUCGGCGAGCUCCUCGGGGCGUUUAAGGGCCUCCCGAGGCCAAUGUGGAAGGAAUUACCAAAAAACGGGACUUCCCCGUCUGACAUUCCAAAAAGCGGGAGUGCCAAUUAGGUUACCAAAAAAAGGGAGUCGGAUUCCCCAAUUCCGACUACAAGUUAGGGUUUCGAAAAGCAAAAAAAUCCCCCCUAGUCGGAUUACCCAAUUCCGACUAGGGAAAAAAUAUUUUUUUUUGAAUUUUUUUUUUCAUUUCUAAUAAGAAAGUGUUCGAAAUUUAAAAAGGAAAAUCCCCCCCUAGUCGGAUUACCCAAUUCCGACUAGGGAAAAAAUAUUUUUUUUUUGAAUUUUGUUUUUCAUUUCUAAUUAGUUAGGGUUCGAAAUUAAAAAGGAAAAAAUCCCCCCCUAGUCGGAUUACCCAAUUCCGACUAGGGAAAAAAUAUUUUUUUUUUGAAUUUUGUUUUUCAUUUCUAAUUAGUUUGGGUUCGAAAUUUAAAAAGGAAAAAAUAAUUUUUUUUUUGAAUUUUGUUUUUUAUUUUGAGUUCCAAAAAAAAAAUAACAGCGUUAGGGCUAAAUUAUAUCAAUUCCAAAUUUAAAAUUUUAUUUAGAUUCAUGACAUAUUUUUGAAAAUGAAAACUUAGCAUUAUGAUUUUUUUAGUAAGAAAACAAUUGAUUGCUUUAAAUAGUUUUUUAAUCCAUUAGUAUUGUGAAUUUUGUUUUAAUUGCAAUUUUUGUAAUUUUAAGUGCAAUUUUGAUUUAUUCAUUCGUCUAAUCAGAUAAAAUUUCAUGUACUACCUGACUCUCAGUCAUGCGGUCUAGGUCAUCCCGGUACAAACGUAUGCAAUGUCUUGGGGAUCCCUUAUAUGACUUGGGGACGAUCCACCUACAUUUAUUGAUUACCGAUAUGAAGUUAAAAAAUGUAACGUCAUGUAAAGCAUUCUCAAUUAUUAAGAUGUAAUUGACAACAUACUUGCACCCAUAUAGAAGAUGGCCAUGUUGAAUGACCUGAAGUGCUGAGGGACGGACCAUCGAAAUCCUCGACCAAAUCUGUAACAAGUGCAUACAACCGUCAACUUGUUUGGUUUCCCACAUCGCGCCGUUGCACAAGUUAUGGUAGAGGUACCCGAGAUGGGGUUAACCCCAACUCCAGCGACGGGCUAAAGCCAAGUCACCCUGCAAGACCUCUAAUAAGUACAAUCGUAUUCUUGCCCCACUCGUGUCAGGGAACAAAAACCCUCCAAGCAAUUGCCAUAUUAGAGUCCUGGUGUGUUGGGUGACCUCUUCGUCUGUACUGUCAUCUAGGAUCCGGUUACGGGUAACAGCACUCAUAGUGAUAUCACUCGUGCGCAUAUCAGUCUGUAGAGGAGUGAAACCACACGACUGAGUGCACAGGUCGAUCCACUGAUCCUUACCCCUAAUGGUUGGACCACUGAGGGGCAUACCCUGAUUUGGUAGAUGCGGCGGAUGCGAGAAAUAUAAAGGAAAUAUUAAGUAUAAUAUGCACUAACUUAAAAUUCCAAUUUCACAAAUCUAAAUUAAAAGCAAUUACAAAAUACAAAAUUAACUUCUCCUACACUCCUAAAACCAAAAUUUAAGGACAAUUCUAAAUUAAACACUCUCUCUAACUUUGAAGUAUUUUAUAGCUAAAUUUAACUCUAAAAUUCAAAUUUAACAAUCUAAAUUAAAAAAUUUGCAAAUUACUAAAUGUACUACGUCUACACUCCUAAAAAACCUAAUUAAGACAAAUUAUAAGUUAGCGAUCUAUGUAUAGCUUUUUUAACGACGUGAUACUAUCUCCGUCUAAAUAAAUAUCGUAAAUAUAUAAUUAAUAUAAGUAAUAUAUAAAUCACAUAUAAGUAAUUAGGUACGCGUAAUAUUAUUAUAAAGAUAUUAAAUUGAACCGUUAUUAAUUAGCCUAAUUAUGCAUAAUAUUAGUAUUAUUUAAUAUAUUAUACUACAGAUAAUAUAUGCUUGUAUGAUAGGAUAAGUUGGCGUUUGUACCGGGAUGACCUAGACCGCAUGACUGAGAGUCAGGUAGUACAUGAAAUUUUAUCUGAUUAGACGAAUGAAUAAAUCAAAAUUGCACUUAAAAUUACAAAAAUUGCAAUUAAAACAAAAUUCACAAUACUAAUGGAUUAAAAAACAAUUUAAAGCAAUCAAUUGUUUUCUUACUAAAAAAAUCAUAAUGCUAAGUUUUCAUUUUAAAAAAUAUGUCAUGAAUCUAAAUAAAAUUUUAAAUUUGGAAUUGAUAUAAUUUAGCCCUAACGCUGUUAUUUUUUUUUUGGAACUCAAAAUAAAAAACAAAAUUCAAAAAAAAAAUUAUUUUUUCCUUUUUAAAUUUCGAACCCAAACUAAUUAGAAAUGAAAAACAAAAUUCAAAAAAAAAAUAUAUUUUUUCCCUAGUCGGAAUUGGGUAAUCCGACUAGGGGGGAUUUUCCUUUUUAAAUUUCGAACACUUUCUAAUUAGAAAUGAAAAACAAAAUUCAAAAAAAAAAAUAUUUUUUCCUUUUUAAUUUCGAACCCUAACUAAUUAGAAAUGAAAAACAAAAUUCAAAAAAAAAAAUAUUUUUUCCCUAGUCGGAAUUGGGUAAUCCGACUAGGGGGGAUUUUCCUUUUUAAAUUUCGAACACUUUCUAAUUAGAAAUGAAAAACAAAAUUCAAAAAAAAAUAUUUUUUCCCUAGUCGGAAUUGGGUAAUCCGACUAGGGGGGAUUUUUUUGCUUUUCGAAACCCAGUCGGAAUUGGGAAUUCCGACUCCCGUUUUUUGGUAAACCCUAGAUAAAGCCCCGUGUUUUGGCAACCCCAACCCGUUCUUGUUGUACGACACUGAUUGGAUGGCGAAGGAGGUGUACGGCGGAAAGGUCGGUGACGGCGGCCUGUACGAUCGCGGAGUGCACGCCGGCUCCCUCGGCCUCUUGCUCAACUCCAUCGUUCUCGGCUUCAUGUCGCUCGGGUUGGAGCUUCUGGCUCGCCGAGUCGGCCGGGUCAACAAGCUGUGGGCCGGCGGGAACUUCAUUUUGGCUAUAUGCUUGGGGAUGACGGUUUUGGUAACCAAACUGGCGAAGAAGUCGGAGAGGCACGACGUUCACGGCCGACCCCUUGGGCCUACCGGUGGCAUUAAAGCUGGAGCUUUCAUCAUCUUUUCAGUUCUCGGAAUUCCUCAAGCCGUCACUUUCAGUAUUCCAUUUGCUUUGGCAUCUAUUUUCUCAAGUAAUGCAGGCGCUGGACAAGGUCUUUCACUUGGAGUCCUGAAUCUUGCCAUUGUCAUACCACAGAUGUUCGUGUCAGUGGUGGCUGGACCGUGGGACGCUAUGUUUGGUGGCGGUAAUUUGCCUGGCUUUGUGGCUGGUGCAGUUGCGUCGGCAGCAAGUGGUGUAUUUGCCAUCGUAAUGCUCCCAUCUCCUCCUCCGGAGGCCAAGGCGGCGGCGGCUGCACUUCCUCUCGGUGGCGGUUUUCAUUAGUACUCCGAGAUACUCUAGUCUUUCUUUUGUUAUUUUCCCUUUAAUUGCCCUUGUUUUAGUAUGUUAAUUAAAGAUAAUGCAUGUCUAUCUCAAAGACUGAACCUUGUGCCUCGCUCUGUAAUAUAAUGAGUGGUGGUGUGUAAGAAAGCGAAUUUUAAGCUUUUUCCUACCAAAGGUUUUACCAAAGAGUUCAUCGACAAUAUUGGAAAGUAGCUAGCUUAGUUAACAACAGUAUUCAAGUAUAGUUGGUUGUAUCUUGCAAGGGCAUCCCCAUCUUUGACAUUAUUAGAUCUGAGGAUUAUGUUAGUAAGGUUAGUACACAAAAUAACGGGAUUAGCACAAAUUUGAUACGUAUUGAUUGACG